AUGUUCCAGGUCUCCCGGGCAUUUCGGGAGGCCAUGGAAGGCGCGAGUGAAUGCCACGAAGAAUCUGUUCGUCUCUCUGCUGUCGACGCCUUUCAAGGGUCCCAAGACAGCCUCCAAGGUGGUGACACCAUGGCCAGCAUGAAAGACGAACUGAUGGUCCAAGCUGCAAACAAGGCCGAUUUCGUGGAACCCGUCAAAGUCGCGGGAUUUGUCAAGGCCAACCAAAGGCAACUCGAGGUUUCAGAGAGAUAG